UUAUGCCUAUCAACUGGCGUAAAGUAAUUAUUUAAGAAAGGAUAUAAGAAUAAAUAUAUAUGAUUAAAAAAAAUGCCAUUAAAAGUUUUCAUCCAAUUUUGGAUGAAAAUCUUGUGGUGGCAGUGAUUACUGUACUGCAAGGGAAGUAACACUGCGCGGAGUUUGAAAAACAACCUGUUGUUUUUGAAAAUAAUGGCCGAGGAGCUCCGAAUGCCAGACAAUAGUGUUGUAUAGCCUAAUGAUUAUAAGAAUACAAGAACUUUGAUAUCAACAUACUGUACAUAGAUUUUCAAGUUAAAAACUAUUUUGGUUGGCAAACAUGACUGUAGGAUGGGUCACAUUAAAUAUCGGCGAGCAGGCACUGGUUUACAAUCAUGAAGGGCAGGCAAGAAUAGAAGAUGGGCCACAAAGGAUGUUCCUACUUCGAGAGAGGAUAUUCAUGUUGACACGAUACUCUGCCAAUCAGAAUGAAUAUCUUGUCAUCAAGCACCGUGAUGGAAGGAUGGAACAUGUUCAGGGACCAUGUGCCAUGUUCUUGAACACCAUUGCCUAUCACUCCAUGAAAACAGAAGACAUGAUUUCAUUGGAUGCCAACGAAGCGCUGGUUGUUUACAAAAAAGAAGAAAAGUCCAAUGAAGUGAAGCGUUACAUUAAGUAUGGACCAACCAUGUUCAUGCCUUUAGCCAAUGAAUGGCUGCACUCUUUUUGCUGGCAUGGAACAGAUCCCUCAAACAAGACACGUCUCAUUCCAAAUCAGAAACGUUUUGAGCGGCUACAGAUAAUUCCAGACCAGUUUUAUUACAACGUAGAUGAAGUACGGACAGCUGAUGAUGCUCUUAUUCGCGUGAAAUUGAUGAUUUUCUAUGAACUUACUGAUAUUGAGCUGAUGUUACAAACAACAAGGGAUCCAAUAGCAGAUUUCAUUAACUGUGUGUGUGCAGAUACCAUGGCCUUUGCCGCAAAGCACAGUUAUAUCGAGUUUAUUGAGAAUUCUUCAGAGCUCAACAUCUUGAGCAGUUUCCCACAGUUGACUGGGCGUGCCAAAUCCAUUGGUUACAGCAUAUCCAAAGUUGUGUUUCGCGGGUAUUUUGCACAUGAGAAGCUACAGAAACUGCACGAUGGGGCCAUUGAAGUUAGAACAAAACUUAAAAUCUGUUAUGAGACAGAAGAACAAGAACAGAAUAUGACUGAUCUAAAACUGAAAAAUGAAAAGGAUCGAAUAGAUCUUGAGCAAAAGAUAGAGUUUGAGGUCCUAGCCCACAAGCUAGAGUUAGAGAGGUCAGCGGCUGAGCAUCAGCUAGAAAUGGAGAUGAAAGAAGAGGAAAUGAAUUGCAGCAAAUGGCUCACUGAUUCCAGGGAUAUACUGCAGGCUAAGAUGUUUAGAGACAAGCAGCAGUUGGAAUUCUACAAUGACCUGCACAGUCUCAGUGUCGAUCUCAACAUGUACACAAAGACAUUGUCAGGGAAACCAGAAAGAGUCACCAGGAUCUUAGCUGCUGGCAAAGCUGCAAAUCUUCAUCUUCACCACUCUUAAAAUAACAGCAUGUUUUUCAGAGAACUUUUAUGAUAGAUCUUCAUUUCUGCAAACUUAAUCAACACAGCAUAUUGGGUGAUCCACGAAUUCAAGAUCCCACAAAAUAUAGACCCUUUAUUCACCUUUUCAAUUGCCAUGUUAUGUACAUACUCUAGAUAAUAUACGUAUCACUGUAUAUCUUAUUAUGCCCCCCUUCGAAGAAGAAGGGUAUAUUGCUUUGCACGUGUCUGUCAGUUGGUAGGUCUGUCAUUCUGUCGGUAUACCAAAGCUUGUCCGAGUGCACCCGUGGCCCUCAAACUUGACUUGGAGGUUGGGCCUGACCAGUAGAUGUCUCCUAUUGAUUUUAGGGCUCAUCAUGUCAAGGUCACAGUGAACUUUUAAUGAUAAAAUAAUUUUAAAGCUUGUCCAAGUGAUAACUCAACAAUGCCUAGACCUAAGGUCAUUAAACUUGAUAUGAAACCCUAUUCAGUAGAUGACCCCUAUUGUUUUUGGGGCUCAUCGGGCCAACAAUGCCUGCACCCAUGGCCCUCAAACUUGACUUGGAGGUUGGGCUUGACCAGUAGAUGACCCCUAUUGAUUUUAGGUGUCAUCGGGCCAAAGGUCAAGGUCACAGUGACCUUGAAUGAUAAAAGGUUGUCCUACUGAUUUAACUCAACAAUGCCUUCACCCAUGGCCCUCAAACUUGACUUGUAGGUUGGACCUGACCAAUAGAUGACCCCUAUUGAUUUUAGGGGUCAAAGGUCAAUGUCACAGUGACCGUGAAUGCGAAAACUUGUUUGAUUUGUAACUCAACAAUGCCUGCACCCAUGCCUUUCACACUUGACCUGGAGGUUGGGCCUGACCAAUAGAUGCCCCCUAUUUAUUUUAGGGGUCAUUGGGCCAAAGAUCAAUGUCACAGUGACCUUGAAUGAUCAAUGGAUAACUCAACAAUGCCUUCACCCAUGGCCCUCAAACUUGACUUGGAGGUUGGACCUGACCAAUAGAUGACCCCUAUUGAUUUUAGGGGUCAAAGGUCAAUGUCACAGUGACCGUGAAUGCGAAAACUUGUUUGAGUUAUAACUCGACAAUGCCUACACCCAUGACCCUCACACUUGACCUGGAGUUUAGGCCUGACCAAUUGAUGACCCCUAUUGAUUUUAGGGGUCAUCAGGCCAAUGGUCAAGGUCACAGUGACCUUGAAUGAUAAAAGGUUGUCCAAGUUAUAACUCAACAAUGCCUGCACCCAUGGCCCUCAAACUUGACUUUGAGGUUGGGCCUGACCAGUAGAUGACCCCUAUUGAUUUUAGGUGUCAUUGGGUCAAAGUCACAGUGACCUUGAAUGAUAAAAGGUUGUCUGACUGAUAACUCAACAAUGCCUACACCCAUGGCCCUCAAACUUGACUUGGAGGUUGGACCUAACCAGUAGGAGACCCCUAUUGAUUUUAAGGGUCAGCUGAUGACUCCUAUUGAUUGUAGGGCUCAUUGGGUCAAAGGUCAAGGUCACAGUGUCCUUUAAUGAUAAAAUAAUUUUAAAGCUUGUCCGAAUAAUAACUCCACAAUGCCUAGACCUAUGGUCAUCAAACUGGAUAUGAAUGAUGGGCCUGACCAGUAUAUGACCCCUAUUGUUUUGGGGGGUCAUUGGGCCAAAGGUCAAGGUCACAGUGACUUUGAUUGGUUAAAGGUUGUCCAAGUGAUAACUCGACAAUGCCUGCACCAAUGGCCCUCAAACUUGACUUGGAGGUUGGGCCUGACCAGUAGAUGACCCCUAUUGAUUUUAGGGGUCAUUGGUCCAAAGGUCAAGGUCACAGUGACCUUGAAUGAUAAAAGGUUGUCCUACUGAUAACUCAGCAAUGCCUUCACCCAUGGCCCUCAAACUUGACUUGGAGGUUGGACCUGACCAAUAGAUGACCCGUAUUGAUUUUAGGGGUCAAAAGUCAAUGUCACAGUGACAGUGAAUGUGAAAUUGUUUGAGUUGUAACUCGACAAUGCCUGCACCCAUGGCCAUCACACUUGACCUGAAAGUUGGGCCUGACCAAUAGAUGACCCAUAAUGAUUUUCGGGGUCAUUGGGCCUAAGGUCAGGACGGUCACAGUAACCUUGAAUGAUAAAAGCUUGUCUGAUUAAUAACUCGACAAUGCCUGCACCCAUUGGCCCUCAAACUUGACUUGGAGGUUGAACCUGAUCAAUAGAUAACCCCUAUUGAUUUCAAGGGUCAAAGGUCAAUGUCACAGUGACCGUGAAUUCAAAAACUUGUUUGAUUUGUAACUCAACAAUGCCUGCACCCAUGCCCCUCACACUUGACGUGGAAGUUGGGCCUGACCAAUAGAUGACCCCUAUUGAUUUAAGGGGUCAAAGGUCAAUAUCACAGUAACCGUGAAUGCAAAAACUUGUUUGAAUUAUUACUCGACAAUGCCUGCACCCAUGGCCCUCACACUUGACGUGGAAGUUGGGCCUGACCAAUAGAUGACCCCUAUUGAUUUAAGGGGUCAUCAGGCCAAAGGUCAAGGUAACAGUGACCUUGAAUGAUAAAAGGUUGUCCUACUGAUAACGCAACAAUGCCUGCACCCAUAGCCCUCAAACUUGACUUACCGUUUGUGUCUUCCUGUAGAUGACACCUUAUGAUUUUAAGGGUCAAAGGUCAAGGUCACGGUGACCUUUGAAUGAUAAAAGGUUGUCCUACCGAUAACUCAACAAUGCCUGCACCCAUAGACCUCAAACUUGACUUGGAGUUUGCGUCGACCUGUAGAUGACACCUUAUGAUUUUACGGGUCAAAGGUCAAGGUCAGAGUGACCUUGAAUGAAAAAAGCUUUUGUGUGAUUAACUUGACAAUACCUGCACCUAUAGCCCUCAAACUUGACAUUCAGGUUUUUGGUGACCAGCUGAUGACUUUAAGGGGUCAUCAGGCCAAAGGUCAAGGUCACAGUGACCUUGAAUGAUAAAAGGUUAUCCAAGAGAUAACUGAACAAUGCCUGCACCCAUGGCCCUCAAACUUGACUUGGAGGUUGGGCCUGACCAGUAGAUGACCCCUAUUGAUUUUAGGGGUCAUUGGUCCAAAGGUCAAGGUCACAGUGACCUUGAAUGAUAAAAGGUUGUCCUACUGAUAACUCGGCAAUGCCUUCACCCAUGGCCCUCAAACUUGACUUGGAGGUUGGACCUGACCAAUAGAUGACCCGUAUUGAUUUUAGGGGUCAAAAGUCAAUGUCACAGUGACAGUGAAUGUGAAAUUGUUUGAGUUGUAACUCGACAAUGCCUGCACCCAUGGCCAUCACACUUGACCUGAAAGUUGGGCCUGACCAAUAGAUGACACCUAUGGAUUUAAGGGGUCAUUGGGCCAAAGUUCAGGGUCACAGUGACCUUGAAUGUUAAAAGCUUGUCUGACUGAUAACUCAACCAUGCCUGCACCCAUGGCCCUCAAACUUGACUUGGAGGUUGGACCUGACCAAUAGAUGACCCCUAUUGAUUUUAAGGGUCAAAGGUCAAUGUCACAGUGACCCUCAGUGCAAAAACUUGUUUGAGUUUUAACUCGACAAUGCCUACACCCAUGACCCUCACACUUGACCUGGAGUUUGGGCCUGACCAAUUGAUGACCCCUAUUGAUUUCAGGGGUCAUCGGGCCAAAGGUCAAGGUCACAGUGACCUUGAAUGAUAAAAGUUUGUCCAAGAGAUAACUCAACAAUGCCUGCACCCAUGGCCCUCAAACUUGACUUGGAGGUUGGACCUGACCAAAAGAUGACCCCUAUUGAUUUUAGGGGUCACAGUGACCGUGAAUGUGAAUUUUUGUUUUGAUUUAUAACUCGACAAUGCCUGCACCCAUGCCCCUCACACUUAACCUGGAGUUUGGGCCUGACCAAUAGAUGACCCCUAUUUAUUUAAGGGGUCUUCGGGCCAAAGGUCAAGGUCACAGUGACCUUGAAUGAUAAAAGCUUGUCUGACUGAUAACGACAAUGCCUGCACCCAUGGCCCUCAAACUUGACUUGGAGGUUGGACCUGACCAAUAGAUGACCCCUAUUGAUUUUAAGGGUCAAAGGUCAAUGUCACAGUGACCGUGAAUGCAAAAACUUGUUUGAUUUGUAACUCAACAAUGCCUGCACCCAUGCCCCUCACACUUGACGUGGAAGUUGGGCCUGACCAAUAGAUGACCCCUAUUGAUUUUAGGGGUCAUCGGUCACAGUGACAGUGAAUGUGAAAAUUUGUUUAGAGUUGUAACUGGACAAUGCCUACACCCAUGCCCCUCACACUUGACCUGGAGUUUGGGCCUGACCAAUAGAUGACCCCUAUUUAUUUUAGGGGUCAUCGGGCCAAAGGUCAAGGUCACAGUGACCUUGAAUGAUAAAAGGUAUCAUACCUACUGAUAACUCAACAAUGCCUUCACCCAUGGCCCUCAAACUUGACCUGGAGUUAGGGCCUGACCAAUUGAUGACCCCUAUUGAUUUGAGGGGUCAUCGGGCCAAAGGUCAAGGUCACAGUGACCUUGAAUGAUAAAAGGAUGUCUAAGUGAUAACUCAACAAUGCCUGCACCCAUGGCCCUCAAACUUGACUUGGAGGUUGGACCUGACUAGUAGAAUGAUGACCCCUAUUGAUUUUAGGGGUCAUUGGUCCAAAGGUCAAGGUCACAGUGACCUUGAAUGAUAAAAGGUUGUCCUACUGGUAACUCAGCAAUGCCUUCACCCAUGGCCCUCAAACUUGACUUUGAGGUUGGACUUUACCAAUAUAUGACCCCUAUUGAUUUUAGGGGUCAAGGUCACAGUGACCGUGAAUGCCAAAAUUUUUUUUGCGAUUUAACUCGACAAUGCCUGCACCCAUGGCCCUCAAACUUGACUUGGAGUUUGCGUCUGACCUUUAGAUGACACCUUAUGAUUUUAUGGGUCAAAGGUCAAGGUCACAGUGACCUUGAACGAAAAAAGCUUGUUUGUGUGAUAACUUGACAAUGCCCAUGGCCCUCAAACUUGACAUUCAGGUUUUUGGUGACCAGCUGAUGACUCCUAUGGAUAUUAUCAUUGAGUCAAAGGUCAUGGUCAUAACACACUCUUGCCUUUGAAUGUUCAUAAAAUCUUAAAACAGCCUCAACGGCAUUCAAUGUCUGUGACUAAUCAGCUGUCAUUUCGGUCAAUUGUCCAUAUAAUUCUGACAACAUGGCGCUCAGGGGGGGGGGGCAUAAUGUUUGACGAACAUCUCUUAUUAUCAUCGUUUUGGUAUUACUAUUAUAUCUGCCUUUAAAAAAUAAUAAACCAAAUCAUUUUAA